AGUCUACACUGGAUAAAUGAUCUACCUGGUUUAUUAAAACAAAUAUUAACUUGUCUACGUAAUGAUGGAUGCUUAUUAGGUGUAAUGCCAGCUAUGGAUACAUUAUACGAGUUACGUGUAUCGUUACAAUUAGCUGAAUUAGAAAGAUUAGGUGGUAUCUCAUCACAUAUUAGUCCAUUUGUUGAUAGUGUAGAUAUGGCUGAUUUAUUACAAUGUGCUGGAUUUAAUUUAAUCACUUUGGAUAUUGAUGAAAUGGUCAUUCAUUAUCCAGAUAUAUUUGCAUUAAUGAAUGAUUUACGAUUUAUGGGUGAAUCUAAUGCUACUAUACAUCGUCCAUUACGUUUGAAUCGUGAUGUCCUACUUGCCGCGUCUGCAAUUUACAAUGAGAAAUUCAGUGUUCCUCGUGAAGAUAAAGAAAGCGAACGUUGUAUUCCAGCAACUUAUCGACUAUUAUUUUUUAUUGGAUGGAAACCAGAUCCUUCUCAAAGUCAACCACUUCCUCGUGGUAGUGCACAGUAUUCUUUGAAGGAUCUCCAUAGAAUUGAUGAAUUAGCUAAAUUACAUUUGAAAAAAAUAAACUAAAAAUUCUAUCUUGUUAUUUUUUUUUUCAUGAUUUUUUUUUUUAAUGUAUACUCUUCACUAUCCAUAAUUAUGUACUCACCUCUUAUUACGUAAUGGUUUUAAUGUUUUGUAAUGAUUAUGAUUUUAAGUCUAUUUAUAUUCACGUUUGACCUACUACUAUUGACAGAAACUUUUGUUAUCGUAUUUUAUAAUUUUCUUACUUACUACUAUAUCAGUACAGUACACACCUGUCUUCCUAUUAUCAACUUGUACUUUUCCUUAUGAUGUGUAGUGAGUGACGUAAUCUCUAUUUCAUUUCAUUGUGAUUAUUGACUCAUACAUUGACUUGAUUGGUUUCACAUU